UAGCCGCACUGAGUAAUUUGCAAUUGGAUUUGAAUUUUCAGCAAGUUUUUCCAGUUAUUGAGCUUGCAUUUUAAUUAUGAAGGGAGCCAUAGCUUAUUAGUGUUGAAUAUAUUAUGAAAUUAAUACAAUAUUUAGUUGUGUUGUGGCGUCAAAAGCGCACGGGCUGUGAAUUAAAACGCUAAGCGUUAAAUAUGUGCAUAUAGUAAAUCAAUUAACGACACGAAUUGCAAUUGCCAAACGCUGAGCAAUGCAGCUAAAACUAACAACAGCAAUGCUUUGCAUCAGCUUGUGGCAAGUGGCGGCAGCUGCUGUGGCGCCACAGCUAAAGCUUGAUGAGUACUACAGCUAUGAGGGCAUGCGGGAUUAUCUCGCUGAACUGGCGCGAGUCUAUGGCGAGCGUGUGACGCUGCGCUCAGCGGGCUUAUCCCAUGAGCAGCGCAUGCUACAAACUAUAACAAUUAGCAAUGGAGAUGGGCGCAAAGACAAGCCCGUAAUCUUUAUGAUAGCGGCGGAGCAUGCACGCGAGUGGCUAACGCCAGUGGCUGCUUUAUAUGCCAUAGAACAGCUUGUGGUUAACUUUGAGCAGAAUGCGCAGCUUUUGCUGGAUCACGAUUGGUUAAUCAUGCCGCUGACUAAUCCAGAUGGUUACACCUAUUCGCGUGAGGUGAAUGCAAGGUGGCGAAAUACACGUUCCCCUAAUGGCAAUGGCUGCUAUGGCACAAAUCUUAAUCGCAACUAUGACAUAGCCUGGGGUAAAGCUGAAGGCUAUCCAGAGCUGCAGGAUCCUUGCAGCGAGCACUAUGCAGGUGCGUCGCCAUUCUCUGAAGCUGAAAGUCGCGCAGUUCGGGAUAUAAUGCUGGAGCUGCAGCUAACUGAGCGUGAGUUUAUGUUUUUGACGCUGCACUCGCGUCAUCAAAGCUUUUUCUAUCCUUGGACAUAUAAAACUGAGCUUGCUCCAAAUGCAGCGCUGCUCAAAAAGGUAGCAACGUAUGCUGUGGAUGCUUUACAUGCAGCCACAGGCUGCAACUACACUGAGGAGCAACCAUCAGUCAACGCUGAUCCUUUUGGUGGCACUAGCAUGGACUAUGCGCAAGAACUUGGCUUUAAGCUAUCUUAUACCUUUGAGCUUACUGGCUGGAGUGGAAAGGAGUACGUAGACUUUUGGCCACCCACGCGGCUGCUUAAGCAGCUUGCUGCGGAGUCCUGGAUUGGCAUACGUGCUUUGGCUGAGGGCGCUGAAAAAUUUGUGCCUGCCCAAAGCGAUUCCUUAGUUAAAAUAUUUAAGAUAUUACUGCUGCUAGUUAGUAUGACAUUAUUUUCAAGUUAAUUUAAGCAAAGACCAAACCUCGAAAUAAUAAUUUUAAUAUUUACACAAACAAUGCUCAGCUAGGGCUUUAAGUGCAGCUUUAAUGUAAUCGCUGUUUCGCUUUAAAAAUUGCUUUAAAAUGUUCAACUCCACAUUGCGUAUACGCAGCGUGACUUGGUGUCUGUGUCUCUGACUGCGUCUCUGGACUCUCUCGCUGCUGCUAUCAGUCGCAUUGUCUGA